AUGACUACUACUUCUGAACGUGUCCAAGUUCCGGAUCAGCUCCCUUGGGAUCCGAAUUGCACGCGGUUCCCCACGCGCAAGGAACUGCCUAAGAUCCCCGGGGCUCCGAAGGAUGCGGCAUGGGUUUGGGGGAAGGAUGAUCAGCUCGGACGGUUGAAUCUGCUGACGCCGGCUCGGGUCAAAGCUGCUGCUGCGGAGAUCAAGCUGGGGGAGAUGAUUCGACUUGAUCUCCCAUUGCAUAUCCCCGAGACCCCGGCCUUCGACCGCGAGCCCUUCCAGCAUCAGAUCAAGGAGCUCGUCGAGGACGUGGUCUACGACGAUACCUACACCCUGAACACGCAAAGUGGCACCCAGUGGGAUGGGUUUCGCCAUUUCGCCCACCUGGACACCAAACUCUUCUACAACGGGGCCAAAUCCACCGACUUCAAACCUCCCUCCACGACCUCUACAUCCCCCUCCCCCUCCCCCCACAAAUGCAGCAUCCACCACCUCUCCACCCACGGCCUCGCCACCCGCGCCAUCCUCCUCAACUACCGGCACUACCACCGCACCACGCACCCCGAACACCCCUACGACCCCUACACCUCCCACCCCAUCCCCCUCUCCGCCUUACACGCCUGCGCCCGCGCCCAAGGCAUCAACCCACUCCCCGCCUCCCAAGGCGGCGACGUCCAACCGGGCGACCUCCUCCUCGUCCGCUCCGGCUUCGUCGAGCAGUACCACACCCUGCCGGCCCAGCAGCGCACCGCCGCCGCGCGCCGCUCCCACGCCGACCUCCGCUGGGCCGGGGUCGCGCAGGACGAGGACGUGCUGACCUGGUUGCAUGACUGCUACUUCGCCGCGGUGGCGGGGGACUCGCCGACGUUCGAGUGCUGGCCGCCCACCCGUGAUGGCGGGCAAGGCUUCAUGCAUCAGGAGUUGCUCGCGUGCUGGGGGAUGAUGAUCGGGGAGAUGUGGGAUUUGGAACGCUUGGCGAGCCGGUGUCGGGAGUUGGGCCGGUGGACCGUCUUUGUGACGAGUGCGCCGGCUAUGGUUUUUGGAGGUGUUGGAUCGCAUGCUAAUGCUACGGCGAUCUUGUAA